AGCCCUGCCCUUCCUCAGCCCCAGCCACCCCUCCCCUUGUCCUAAUCCAGCCCCUUGCUUCCCAGUGCCUAACGCCCUUUGAUCUGACCCCUACAGCCUAUGCCAACACCCUCUUGCCCCAGGUCCAGUCGUGUCUCCUGCAAAAGGCUGGGGGAGGGGCUUUUAGAAGUUCGUGGGCAUCAGCCCGCCCACCUCUGGAAUUUCAAAUAGUGCCCCACUACACAGGUAAAUGUAGAAAGAAAACUAACAAUGUGGUCUUGUAGUCAAGGCAGUUAAAUGUUGCACAGGUGAACCUGGCUCUGUUCUGCCUCCAUCAUAGAUGUACUGUAUGUGUGAAUACAAGUCACCUAAACCAAAAUUAUGGCAAAUGGAACCCCUCCCAAAAAAAACACCCUCUUGCCCUGUGACCCCACCAUGCUCUCACCCAGCACCCCUUUGAUCCCACCUCUGCACUUCCCAGAGUGAAGCUUCCCUCUCUAGGGAGUGUGGCUGUUACUGCCACGCGGGCAGGGGGUGGCUGUUGGUGGAGCGCGCGCACGCUCUCUCCUCCUUCGUACCUCCUCCCUCCCCAAGCACAUUUUGUGCCCCCAUGGUUAGAGCCAGGGGAGGAAAGGAGGAGCACGGAGCCCCAACCAGGCCGCCAUCUUACCUCGGUAGUAGGGGGAAGGAGGAAGGGAGGUGCCUCCUGCGCUGCUGCUGGGCAAAAUCAGCUACCAUGGUUGCUGUAGCUGAAGCUGGCUGCUGUGUGGCACCUCGGGGCCAGGGUAAGCCCCAGCCCCCAGAGCUGCUGCAGACAGCUAUCUUCAGCAACGACAGCCACCGUGGCCUGGCAGCCAGUGGUUUGUGGCCUGUCACCGGUCCAUGGUCCAGCAAUUGGGAACCACUGGCAUAUUGGAGAAGGAGUAUGAAAAGGACAUGCAUCAGUGCUGUGAGAAGACGAAGGAGCUGAGGCAGUGUACCAGAAGGCAAGGGAGUCAAACCGUUGCUCUGGUGUUGCUCAGGAGACCUGCCACUUCUAUAAGGAGCUGGAUGCCGUCCUUGGUGGCAACCUCACCUUCACCAAGAUCCUUGUGGAUACUUUGGGGGCCUGGAGACAGCAGACAGCGGACUCAGUCCCAAGGAUGAAGUCAUGAUGAGGAAGUUAAGUUGUAGGAUGAGCUGGGACAGGCCACAGGACCUCCUCUUAACACAGGCGAGUUCAAGCGAGUCCCAGGAAUCUGUCUUUGGCGUGUAUGAUGCAGGAGAGGGGAGCUUUGGUAAGUGAUAUUUUUGAGUUGAUGCUGCUUAGUUGUAUGAGGUAGAGCUGACUUCUGCUUUGUUAUGCUAGAAGUGGGAGAAGGGAUAGAAAUAUACAAGGCUAACUAUGUUUGUUUACUUUCCUCUGCAUAGUACGCAGUGAGGCAGAACAGUGUUAAUGCACACUGAGAUUUCAUGCGAGUCCUCUAGACGAUCUUCCUGGAGGUGUUUGCCAAUCCACUGCUGAAGGUUCCUUGGCAAUAUUGCUUUGUCCUUGCCUCCGUUUUAGGAAAGCUUCCGGGGCCAAUCGGCAAUCAUUUGUGCAGGGACCAGAGCAGCAGAGAGUCUUGAGCCAUAUACAUGCAGGAGAUGCACCCUUGCUUAUUCUCAGGAGUGAGAUACUAGCUUCAAUUAUCCUUGCCUGUGGAAAAUGGUAGCAGAUUUUGCAAUUUUGUACCUUGUAGUGAUUCUCUUAAACCUCCCAGGUCUUUUGCCCCAUCUUGAAUGCCCUCUUUCCACUGGACUAACUCACCCAUGUUUAGAAUGUUCUCUGAGCUAGGUGCCUGCCAAGGGACAGUGAGAAACUGAUUAAUAUUUUAAGAGGUGCAUUUUACUGUAAUUUUAAAAUGUGAGUGCACUAACAAUCACGGUUCUUUUUGUUUGUUGUGCAGAUAUGGCCUACAUGGCCGGAAGAGUGCCUCUGCCAAGUGAGGAAGCAACCGAGGAGUAAGGCGGACAUGCUUUGAGAGGUGCUCCAAGCCUCAGAUGCUGAAAAACAAAAACGCAGGCCACGGAGAGAGACUAUACAUGAAAAUUAUAAAAUAGGCAGGACAGCAAGGAGAGCCAGGAGGGAAUUUUAAUGGGCCAGGAGCAGAUGAUAACAGUGAUGGAGGGCCAAAUGGAGAUUUUGAAGUCCCUAAUCAUGCUGCAGUUGUAUGUCCUUUGGAAUGAUGAUUGAAGCAUGAAGGGACACAAAUGUUUAGUGCAUCUGGUGCACAAAUAUCUUGCAGUGCCAGCUACAACAGUGCCAUGUGACUGCCUAUUCUUACUUUCAGGUGACAUUAUGAACAAGAAGCUGGCAGUGUUAUCUCUGGCAAAUGUAAAGAAACUUGGUUUUCUGAGCUAUUGGAGUUGCAGGUUUUACUGCUUCUGGGUAAAGUAUGCAGACAAUAAAGUGUGUAGUUGUUGGAGAUGGUGCAGUGGGAAAGACCUGUCUUCUCAUCAGCUACACCACAAAUGCCUUUCCAGAGGAGUACAUACCUACCGUGUUUGACAAUUAUAGUGCCCAGAUGACAGUGGAUAGUCGGACUGUUAGCCUAAAUCUCUGGGACACUGCAGGCCAGGAGGAAUAUGACCGUCUGCGUACUCUCUCAUAUCCUCAAACAAAUGUAUUUGUUAUCUGUUUUUCCAUUGGGAGUCCCUCCUCUUAUGCAAAUGUUCGGCACAAAUGGCAUCCUGAAGUCUCUCACCACUGUCCUAAUGUUCCAAUUCUUUUAGUUGGCACCAAAAGCGACUUACGAAGUGAUGUGGAAACAGUUAAAAAGCUGAAGGAGCAAAGCUUGGCUCCUACUACUCUACAACAGGGAACUUCACUGGCCAAACAGAUUGGAGCAGUAAAAUAUUUGGAAUGCUCAGCUCUGAACCAGGAGGGGGUUCGAGAAGUGUUUGCUGAAGCUGUGCGAGCAGUUUUGUACCCAGUGACAAAGAAGAACACAAAAAGGUGUGUCCUGUUGUAGUUUCCAUAGAUGAUGGAUGUUUGCAGUGAAAGAGAGACUGACAGGGAUCUUGGCCGGCUCCUUUCCUUUUAAAUCAAAGACUUGCAUCUUGCACUAAUAGCUCUAAACAGAAGAGGUUCAUGCAAAGUGUAUUCUUGCACUUUGGUAACUGCUUCAAGGAAACGGAGACAAACCAGUUCAUUCCAGCCUAGUGAGAGAGCGAUCAGCUAUUUAUCUGGCUUCUAAAGUACCAGUCUCCAACAUCUCCAGGAUUCACUUGGCUUCCAUUCUGUUGUACAGAGGAGGAAGAUGAGGGGACUUCUUCAAAGCCAAACUUUUCCUUUACUAGACAAACUUCAAUUAUUGGCCUUGCUGAAAGAGACAGAGAUUGAUAACUUUGCUUUAAAUGUAUUUCUGCUUCUUCUGGUCCUUACUGACUAAUCAACUUGGUCUUCCAGAAGAGAGUCUGGCUUUCUAACUAUUGCCUUAAUUUGACAACGUGAAAUUUGAAAUCUGUUUGUCUAAAUUUUUAAAAAUGCCUUCCACAUUGAUGUGAAACUUGCUUUAUAUUGAAAAGUAUGAUUACUUGUAUAAUGAAAACCAUUCAUGUUUAGUGCAGUCACAGUGGUUCAAAGAUAAGGAACUCCUGAAAUUGUUUCUUAAAUAUUAAGCUCAGAAGCUGGCACCUCCUGCUAUGGUGAAUUCUAGAUGACAGUAACUCAAAUGAUUGUGGCUGUUUAGGAGCAGAGGUCAGAUGGUACCAAAAGGCGGGUCUGCAAUAGUUCUCUUAGCUGCAUUACAGUUUCUCCUCUGAAGAGGAGGCAUUUUUAAAUUGAGUUUAGUUACUGUUCUCUCUUCAAACUGCUCUGAGGUAAUUGGGAUGACAUUCUCAAAGCAGUUUUCCUAGUAUGACAUGAAUACAGGUAAAUCUCCCUACCUAUAGAAGGAAUUCCAGAAAGUUUGGGAAGAGGCUGUUGCUUUUGAAGGAUUAGUUCUCUUUUCCUACAUAAUUGGCCCCUGCAUCAUUGCAUGAGACUUCAUGGCAGAUUAUGUCUUAGAAUUUGGUACGUCCUAGUAUGUGGACCUUGGAACCAUGUUUAACUGUGGUUCCACUUAAAAUGUUUUUAAUGGUUGGCCUAGGCAAGAGCAUUUAAAAAAUCUCCUCCCCAGACUAGCUGGACAUACCUUAUUAUAAACUACUUUAGCUGAAGCUCUGUUUAAACACUUGAGUAACUGUUUCUACCCAAUUGUGAAUGGUUACUGGCUUUUAUCUUUAGAAUUCUAUAUGUACCCACCACACCUAGGGUGAGCAAAAAAAGCAGCAGUGUGAAACCUCCAAAGACUAGCCCCUGCAACUUGCUGAUCUGAAAUUGAUGUGCCAUGUAAGAGAUUCAAUAUUAAUGUAAGGAUGCUGGGACUGGGUUUUGUGUACUGAAAUUAAUAGUCCCAUUCCUUGCUUGGGAGACGUUGACUGUAUUUGGGAACAGCCUAUGCUAGUGGUUCAGAUCUCAAUUUCUUACAAGCAUCUUACCUUUGCAAAAAUGUGUUAGGGCUGCAUUGGAUGGAAGGAACCUUCUUUUUUUCAUCAUUGCGGCAAGAUGCUUGCAGGUUGGUAUCUGUAGGGCUAUUAGGAUUCAGAUAAAUGUUUAAUUAGCCUUACCUUAUGUGGUACUGACAUUUCCUAUCUGUGCCCUAAUUUUCCUCCAGAGGAUGUGCCUUUCUCUCUGGCUGAUGUACUGAUAACUUAGGUUAACUACAGUUCCAUUAUAACAGAUGGCCUAUAUUAUUUGACCAAAUUACAAGCCACUGUUGACUCAAGUGUCAGCAUGACUAGCUAAUGGAACAAUGUAGUGUAUUGAUCAUGGUUCAAGUAAAAACCAAAAUAACCAUAUGCUAUGAUGUUUCAGAAGCCCGGCGAUACUGUCUUCUACAUACCACUCUUUUUGUUCUUCACAAAGUGCUAUGGACUAGAACCAUUUGGAGAGCUCUUUACUGUCUUCACAGUACCUCAUUAACAGAGACUGAUUUCAAGGUGAUAUUUCUGUGUAUUUUCUGCUAAGAGGAACAGGUAAUCAUGCUGUUCUGAUGGUUCUUACUCUAGGGCUUGAUCUCUGCAGGAAUAAGUUUCAGGAGUGUGCAGAUAUAAACCUUUUUCUUUAUUACAGUAAUUGAUAUGUUAAUCUCUAAAUGAUCAUCUCUAAAUUUGAGAUGUUGCAAAUUUCUGUUGUUAAUCUAUUUCAGUGUAAACUCUAGUGCAGAGUUUAGGUUCCUUUUUUUGCCUUGAUUUUGUCCAUUCUCAAGUUAUAAGUGGAGACUUGACUUAGCUCCCUGAUCAUAUGGUUGGAUUUAUUUCCAAAUAAGAUCAGAACAUUCCAGCAUUGAGGAGAACAGUUGAAACAAUAGUAUAAAAGUUUUAUAUUCAAGUGGAUGGGAAUGCAGAUAGCUUGUGACAAUUUAGUCUCUUCUGUACUAUUCAGGUUUUUUAUUCUUCUAGCAGACUAAUCAUUUAGUUUUUGUCUUUGAGAGAGUUCACUUAUUUCCAUCCUUCCUCCCAGUUGAUUUGAACAGUUCAGGUGCACGCUGUCCAAAGAGUGCUCUGAGGUAGCCUUUUUUAGAUGUGUACUUUUAGCACUCAAAUGCCCUGUUCAAUAUACAAGGGCAGCUAUUGAUAUGGAAUUUAAACUGAAGGGCCUCAGUGCUCUGCUUCUGAGUGCCAAAUUUGUGACCUGUAUAAUUCUUGGGUCUCCUUUCUCUAAGCAAAGGAGUUCUGAGUGAGUUAAAGUGGGAGGAUAAGGAGAACUCUUUUAGAAGGCCCUAAAAUCUGAUUAAAAUAUGGUACUGAAACAUACACUGGCAACUUGAUUUUAUACUUAAAUGGAAUUUGUAUGCAACUAACGAUUUAAAAUGAUUUUUUAAAUUAUACAGAAUUAAAUGGUAAUAAAGCUUUCUUGAUUUAUUCUCUCAUUUCAUUUUCA